CCUAGAAAAUUAUAGUGCAGGUGACUUCCUCUCUCUCUCUCUCUCACCAAACAAAAAAAAAAUCCUGCAAUCUAUCAUUGCUUUCAGGUUUUGCACAUAUGGAUUUUAUCCUUCAGCUGCAAUAUGUUGUUGUGCUCAUUGCCUUUGUUUUCCUAUAUCACCUAUGGAUGGAAAGGAUUAUGGGUAAGAAAACUAAGAUUAAGGAGCCCCCCAAACCAUCAGGUUCCUGGCCCAUAAUCGGCCACCUUCAUCUUCUUAGGAGUCAAAAGCCCCUCGCGCAUUUGUUCGGAGAAAUGGCUGAUAAAUAUGGGCCAGUCUUUAUGCUUCAUCUCGGUAUGCGUCGCACGCUCGUCGUCAAUAGUUGGGAGGCAGCAAAGGAGUGCCUCGCUACCAAUGACAAAGUCUUCGCUACCCGUCCCGGCAACGCCGCCGGGAAGCAUUUGGGCUACAACUAUGCCAUGGUAGGCUUCGCACCCUAUGGUUCCUACUGGCGCUCGGUUCGCAAGAUAAUUAUGGUAGAGCUUCUCUCAAACGCUCGUCUCGAGACCCUCAAGCAUGUCCGAUCCAUGGAGAUGGACACAUGCAUAAGAGAGCUGUAUGAGCUGUGGCUCAGGAACAAUCGAAGACCAGUCAAGGUGGAGAUGAAGCGAUGGCUGGGGGGUCUGGCCUACAACAUAGUAGUUAGAGUUGUGGCUGGGAAGCGUUACUUUGGCUCGGGUACAGGCUCUGAUGAGGCAUGGAGGUUUCGGAAGGCAAUCAGUAGGUUGUUCGGCCUUCUGGAUGCGUUUGUGGCAUCUGACAUGUUCCCCUGCCUCAAGUGGAUGGAUUGGCGGGGGCAUGAGAGUGCAAUGAAGAAUACUGCCCAAGAAGUGGACUCUAUCAUGGCUGGAUUGCUCGAGGAGCAUCGGCAGAGGCGACUUUCUGGCAAGGCUACUGGUGGUCCCCAAGAUUUCAUGGAUGUGAUGCUGUCGAUCGUGGAAGACGCUGAGUUCUCUGGAAUGGAUGUGGACGCAGUUAUUAAAGCUACUUCCCUGGCCCUCAUAAUGGGCGGCACGGACACAACAACCACCUCCCUGGCCUGGACCCUUGCACUCCUGGUGAAGAAUCCCCAAGUGCUCAAGAAAGCCCAGGAUGAGAUAGAUGCCGUGGUUGGCAAGGAUCGGCACGUCGAGGAAUCCGAUGUCAAGAACCUGCUUUACCUCCAAGCCAUUGUCAAAGAAGUACUUCGCCUGUACCCAGCCGCCAAGUUGCUCGUGCAACAUGAAGCCAUGGCGGACUGCCGGAUAGGUGGCUACGACGUCGCCGCCGGCACCCGCUUGCAUGUCAAUGUCUGGAAGUUGCAGCGAGACCCCCUCGUGUGGUCCGAACCCAAUGAGUUUCGGCCUGAGAGGUUCCUGUCGGCGCCUCAUGCCGGCGUCGAUGUCCGGGGCCAGCAUUUCGAGCUCAUCCCCUUCGGGUCCGGCCGGAGGUCAUGCCCGGGGAUCUCCUUUGCUCUCCAAGUGAUGCACCUGACCCUUGCUCGGCUGAUCCAGGGUUUUGAGCUGGAGACUCCAGGUGGUGGGCCUUCGGAGAUGGCUGAUGACCUUGGUCUGCCUUACCCCAACACUACUCCAUUGGAGGUUCUGCUCAGUCCGCGCCUAGCUGAUAUGCUUUAUGAAUGAUUUUGUUUGUGGGCAACAUCGGAUGAAGUUUGGUUCAAGUAUGCUGCAUGUGUGGAUUACCAAACACUUCUAAUUAAUGCUUGUACCAUGGAGAUGGGUCUGUUAUGUAGCAAACCAUAAUCAAGGAAGACAUGAAUGCAACCAGAUUAUGUGAUUUGGGAUAAUUGUGGUCAAUUAUCCAGUUGCAUUGUGUUCAGUAGCCUUUGCUGAAGCCUGCAUGGUAAUUUGGAGUACUAUUAGGUGUUUUCAAGCAACAUAAAUAUGGCUGAAAAAGGUGAUUCCCCGAUAGUUUAUCAUAUGGAUCUAUACAAUCUCACAGGUAAAUUAUCCUACCAAUCAUCUUCUCAAGGAUAUUUUGUUAAUGAAGAAUAUCUGUUUUCUAUUUCAAGUUACCCAUUAUUGUUGGGAGGCAAAUCAACCGGUGGACUGGGCGGCAACGAAGGCUCUCCAGCGACAGAUUGUAUGCU